AAAUAAUUCAACAUCAUUGCAAUCACUGUUUGUUUGUCGCUUUUUUUUUUUUUUUAGUCUUGCAGUGAGCUCAUAGCUAACUGUUGUUGCCCAGCACUCUUCCAAUCGGCCGGUCUAUAUAUAUUCCAAUUCAUGUCAGUACAGCUUUGUUUUGGAAAUCACCAGAGGGGAAAGAAAAAAGGAGUGGGAGAAAGAGAAGAAGGGGAAAGAAUAUAAUGGAUAAGAACGAGGAGACGAAAAUGGAAGGAGGGUUGCUAAAGAAGCCUCUUCUGGAAAAAGCUGCUGCUGAAAGCUACACCGGCGCCGGAGGAACAUCGUCGCCGGCGGCGGCGCCCGCCGUUAUCUUCAGCACCCUCGUCGCCGUUUGUGGCUCCUUCACUUAUGGCGUUGCUUUAUCAUAUUCGUCACCAACCCAAGAUGGAAUUACCAAAGAUUUGGGGCUUUCUGUUGCCGAUUACUCAAUGUUUGGGUCAAUUAUGACGGUUGGCGGGAUGAUUGGGGCUCUAUUUUGUGGGAGAAUGACGGCAGUUCUUGGUUGCAAAUACUUGCUGAUAAAUUUCGGGUGUUCAGUUGUUUUCUUGGUGGGAAAUUUUGUUUCCUGGCGCACAUUAGCCCUAAUUGGUCUUGUCCCGGGGAUCCUACAACUUGUGGGGCUAUUUUUCAUUCCUGAGUCUCCAAGAUGGUUGGCAAAAGUUGGAAGAGCUAAAGAGUUUGAAGCUUCAUUGCAAUGGUUGAGAGGCAAGAACGUUGAUAUCUCUGAAGAAAAAGAAGAGAUUAAAAGUAAUGUGGAUUCUAUGAAAAAGGAUUCAAAUGCCAAAGUCACAGACCUUUUCCAGAAGAAAUAUGCAUACUCCCUCAUUGUUGGACUCGGUCUAAUGCUUUUACAACCACUUGGAGGAAAUUCAGGAAUUUCAUCUUAUGCUAGUGCCAUAGUUGAGAGAGCUGGAUUUCCUACUAGCACCGGUACCAUCAUUAUCUCAACAGUACAGGUACCAUCAGCAGCGGCAGGCCUGUUGUUGAUGGAUUUUGCAGGAAGAAGACCACUGCUCAUGGUUUCUGCUGGUGGAAUGUGUUUCUGCAGCUUUCUUGUGGGAUUAUCAUUUGUAUUGCAGGUAUACACAGCAGCUUUCUCAAUUGGGGCGGCAGGCAUUCCAUGGACCAUGAUGUCCGAGAUAUUUCCGAUGAGCGUGAAGGCUGUAGCUGGAACUCUCGUCACAUUAGUAAAUUGGUCAUCUUCUUGGCUCGUCACUUACACUUUCAACUUCAUGCUACAAUGUAGCGCCGCAGGGACAUUUUUCAUUUUCGCCUUAGUUUGUGGGGGAAUUGUUGUGUUCACCUGGAAACUGGUACCAGAGACCAAAGGAAGAACCCUUGAAGAGAUACAUGCAUCAAUGGAAACAGGUUGCUUGCACUAGAAGAUACAGACCUGGGUCAUAGCAUGUGCUGGGACAAGUGCCUCCAAAAUUUGAGGGACCUCGAAGUGAUGGGCUUGAUAAUGAUCAUGUUUGUGCUAGGGUGUUUUUUAUAAUAUAGUUUUGAUGAUAGUUAAAUUGAUAUAUUUUAAAUAAUAAAAUUAUAAAAUUACUGGAUAGGUCAUCUUAAAAUUACUAAUUAUCGUCCUAUUUUUAAUGUGUAAUUUACGUAUUUGUCCAAAAUGAGUCUCAAAUGAGACACCCUAUUAAACA